AUGGACAGGUAUACGGGUGGGACAGGUUGGAGCUCAUUUGGCAUCACAUAUGAGGGACUGGUAUAUGGUUGGGGUUGUAAUGAUAACUGCCACCUGGGCUUAGCUAGGAGCGGGAAGUUAUGGAACGAAUUAAAUGAAAUAAACCAAAGGCCAGAACUUAAAGAAUUAAGGAAUUUAGCAAAAGUGCGGUCAGAAUAUGUGGUUCUGUAUUACAACUCAUGGAUCGAAAGGAAUGCUCUCUUUAUUCAAAUGGAGUAUUGUUCACAGAAUCUCAAGAAUAUUCUUAAACUCAAACGACAAGUAUUUGGUCGACAAUCGGGAGAAACUAUGGAUUGUGUCGAGUAUUUCUUUUCGUGUGAAAUAUUCCGUCAGAUCUUAGAAAGUGUUCAUGCAUUAGAAGCACCGGUAGCUAAAUUGAAGCUCAUAUUAAGCACAAUGAUGUCAACCCCUGAAUGGCAUCAAAGGCCGGAAUGCAGUGAAAUAUUGUCUGAAUAUAACGAGUGGCCUAUCGAUAGGAAUAUUCUCGCAAAUGAUCCCCGAUUUGACGGAAUAUUAAGUAGACUUCAAUCCAAUGACAACCAUCAGCACAACUGCCAGUAA